AUGUCCAGUAUACCGGAUACAGAUAAUGGCGGCGACCUAUUUCCGCCUAUCGCAAGAUACCGCCACCUCAACCCAUCAGACGUUUCCAACGGUAACGGCUCCCUCACAGAAAUAGACUCUGUCUCUGAUUCAGAAAAGUUUUCAGAGGAAAUUUCAAUAACAACGCAGUAUAUGGGACACUUUAUUAGAGAAUUUGCGAACCGUGAUGUUUUGUUGGAGGAACUGGAACACCCCAAAGAUCGCUACUUCUUCACCAAACUAUACGGACGGUCCGUUGAUGCACAGAAGGCCUCUACGGACUUUGAACUCUACGAUGAGGAAACCAAACUGGAAAAUACUCUAAGAGCCAAAAGCAGGCGAAUCUUAGAUUCUCAAGAGCCCACAAAUAUCACAUACCAUCUGGGUGACUUAAACGCUUUGGAAGACUACGUCUCGCCGCAUCUGAUCACCACUAAUGGGGACCAGCAGCCACAGAGGUCGCAUUUCAGUUGGUUCUCUCAUUUCAAAAGACGCAGGCCAAAUUUGGUUAAGGAUGAAUCUUCGGCGGCUUUUACUAUUCCGCAUUCGUCUCAAACAAACUUUUUGGAUGAGUUGCGACCACCACAUCCUCAUGAAACAUCUACUCAAAACACACUCCAAAGGAAACUCAGCCCCAGACAUGUGAACUCGAUUGCACUUGGAGCCACGUAUGCUAUCGGUGCUUUUUUGAAUAGUGGAAAGGCGUUGUCUAUAGCCGGUCCACUGGGGUGUCUUCUUGGGUUCGCCAUAUCAGGCUCCAUAGUGAUAGCAACCAUGUUGUCAUUCUCUGAAAUGGUCACUUUGAUCCCCGUUGCAGACGGAAUCUCUGGUAUUUGUUCGAGGUACAUUGGAGAUAUUUGGGGAUUUUCUAUUGGUGUGUGUUAUUAUAUUUCAUUUGCCCUGUGUGUCCCAGCAGAGAUCAUUGCUGGUUCUAUCCUUCUCAGCUACUAUCCGUGGUUGAAGAUUCCGGAUGAAUCAACGGCCGGUUGGAUCACGCUGCUUCUUGUUCUGUGUCUGGGCAUAAAUCUUUUAGAUGUGCGCGUUUAUGGCGAGUACGAGUUCUGGGGAAACCUCAUAAAAAAUCUCUUCAUUCUGACUAUGUUCAUCAUCUUCAUCGUUGUCAACAGAGGCGGAUUUGGUAAUGAGACCCUGGGAUUUAGGUAUUGGACACCUUCGGCUUCUUACUCCGAGAUUGGGAUUACUUUUGGUCUGUUCAGACCCACGUUUGAUCUUUCAGAUGACGGAACAGGGGCUCUGGGUGGAAUCGGAGGCGCUACAGGAAGGUUCCUCUCGGUUGUUGUUGCCGUUCUCAUCUCCGUCUAUGCGUUCAUGGGAACUGAAGCUCCCUGUGUUGCAGCAGGAGAGGUUAUGAACCCAAGAAAGAACCUUCCCAAGUCGACCAGAGCAGUCUUCUGGAAAAUAACUAUUCUGUAUCUGGUGACAGUGGUCCUACUCGGCGUGAACGUCUACAGCGGAGACCCACGAUUGCUGCGCUAUUGGUCCGGAACCAGUGCAUUGGAAGACGGAAUAUCGAAAAACCAAUUGCAAAUUUUGAAUGCUUUAGAUCGUGGUGCUGUCUGUAAUGAUUCACGUCUAAGUUGGGGUGGAUUUUCGAACGGAAACCAAAGUCCCUGGGUUGUGGCGGUCCAAUCCGCAGGUGCUUGCUCUCUUGCAGGUGCUAUUAAUGGAUUCAUUGUCUACUUUGUGGUUUCAUCUGGUGGCUCUCAGCUCUACAUUGGAUCUAGAACUCUAUAUGCCCUUGCCAUCCAAGGAAAAGCCCCCAAGAUCUUUACUCGGUGUAACCAGUACGGCACUCCCUAUGCCGCCGUCAUUUUUACCGGUGCUUUCGGUGCUUUGUCUUAUAUGGGUGUCAACGAAAAUUCGGCUACCGUGUUCCAAAAUCUUGUCAAUAUCGUCUCUACGGCAGGGUUGUUGGCCUACGCAGGUGUAUGUGCUUCUUUCAUCAGAUUCCAACAGGGGUUGAAACUGAGAAAUGACAUCAUCUCAAGAGACGACCCAGCAUACCCUUACAGAUCUCCACUGCAGCCUUAUCUUGCCUACUACGGACUGUUUGGUUGCACGGUACUUAUCCUUCUCAUGGGUUUCGUCGUGUUCCUGGAUGGAUUUUGGAGCACUCUUGUAUUUUGCACUUCCUAUGGAGGGAUUGUUAUAUUUUUACUAUGUUGGAUUGGAUUCAAAAUUGUGAAAGGUGGAAAGACCCAAUCUAUCGAGAAACUCGAUCUGGACAGUGGUAGGAGGGAGAUGGACCGAGUAGUGUGGAACUUCAAGACGGGUUUUUUGGAACGACUACCCGGCUGGUUAUGA